AUGGUUAUUAAAAAUAUAAAGGCUGUUAUCAGAGUUUACUGGACCCGAACGAUUAAGUUGCCCAUUUCACAUUCCUACUGGAAGUCACCCGCUUUCCUUCUUACAAAAACAAUCACCCACAAAGUCUUUACGUUUAAGAGAAAUGUGAGAAGAAUAAAACCCUCUGGAGAAUCAGUACGUACUCUUUUCGAAGUUCCAAAUCUGGAAUAUAAGGGCCGGCUAAGCGUCCUUUAUUCCUCCCCGGAGACUUUUCGUUUAUCUAGCUGCCCUAGAGACCGGAGAGCUAAGGAGGGUACGCCCCUUCCCCCCCGCCCCCCCAUCUCUCCGUCCGGCAGCCAAGCCUGGCUUAAAAACCUUCGCCACCGGGCGGCGGAAUUACAAAGGAGGCCGUCUGCCUCCUUUGUCCUGGAUUUGGGAGUUGAGCGCCUUCGUCGCCAUUGGCUUUCCUCCCCCAGCUCCAGCCUCUCUCAUCUUGGGAAUCUGCGUCAGAAGUCACUCGCAGUCCCGCCAGCCCAGGGUAGCCCAGCCGAAACUGCGGAGUACAGAGAUCAGAGGAACUCCGGAGAGGAUCUUGUUGGAGGCCAUAAUGAGAGAAAAAUGAAAAAGGAGAGGAAAUGGAAGUACCCACACUCCCCAGAGGAAAACAAGACAACAAAUAUGUAAUCAUGUAUUACACCAUCAGGAUGAAGAGGAGAGGAAAAUUCCAUGCAGAGCCCAGAGAAACAAAAAGAAAGAGAAAUUGAAAGAGAUUGCACCCUGCUGGGAGAGGGAAGACACAUUCACUAAAAAUUAGUUAAGAUAAUUGUUCACAUACCUCCAAUAGCAUUCUAAAAUAACAUAAAAACUGGAUUUUACCAUAAUCUUUUUGCCAUUAUGAAAAGCAAAUAAACUAAAAAAAAAAAGUAGCAAAACCCACAAAUAAGUUUCUAGGGGUGUGUUUAUAAAGUAGUUGAUGCCUUUGAACACUAAAUCUGUCUUACUAAGGUUUUGUAAAAUGCUUGUUCUUUGAUUUAUAUCAUACUUAUCUAGUGUCUUUGGAAAGCAGUGAUCUUCCUUGUCAUGAUUCAAAAUUAUUUCUCAAGACAAGGUUUCAUUACAUAGUUUACAUUCUUGAUACUUUUUGUUUCUUUAAGUCACUUUUAACUGUUCAUUCUGGGACUAGGGAAACCAAAAUAUUUCACCCAAUUUCAAUUAUACACUAAGUAAACAAAUGGAAACUUAAAAGGAAGAAAGCACCUAACACACCCUUUUUCUAUUUUUUGGAAAUAAUUAGAAGUAUUGAACAUUCUUUCUGUUCUAGUGGAUUAUUGUGAAGAAUAGAGACAACAGCUACAAAAGUUAGCCACGUAGGAAUUUAAAUCAAAUUAUUGUACAACUUUUAAUGUGUCAUAAGCACAUUAAUAACUUAGAAAUAGCACAGAUAAUACAGUAGCAGACUGUUUCCCCAUACACAUGAUUUUCAGUUUCUGAGUGAUAAAUGAAAAUAUAAUUUUCAUUAUAUAUGUACCUAUGUAUCUCCAUAUACAAUGAUGAUUAUAUUGGGGGUAGAGCACUUUAAGUAACUAGUUUUCAAUACAGGCUAGCAAGUUAUUAUUUUAUGGGCCAAAAAAUAGAAGAACCAAGAGAUAAAUUAAUGCUUCAAAUUUUACAAAGAAAUUCAAUGGCAAAACUUAGUAUGGUCUUCAUAAUCGAGGCUUUAGUUCCAAUCUCAGCUUUGACACUUCCCUACCAGCUGCUUGAUUCUGAGGCAUUUAACUUUUCUGAACCUCAGUUUUCAAUCUCUAAAGUGGGUUGUUAGGUUGUUAUAUAGGAUAGAGAUUAGUAGCAAAUAAUUCUAGUCAUAUCCUCUUUCAUGUGUGUCCCAUCGUUGUUAAUAAAUUUGGCUCAUUCUUGUUGAAUUUUUAUUAAAUAUGGUGUUCUAAGCA